AUGAAGUUUGUUGUUUACGCCUACAGCAGGUUGAAGAUGGCCGCUGGAGACAACAGCGGCAGGCCUCCUUGCCUUAGUUUCUCCGGCCCGGGUCCACUGGGGAACAGCCAGCCCAGCAACAGCGUCUUCUCCAUGCCAGCCUCCAACGGCGGAGCGGUGGGUGCAGCCGGGGGAGCGCAGGGGACGGCGAGGCGACCCAACCCGCAGCUGGGGCCUGGCGCGGCAGACGGCGGCGGCGUUUCGAGCGGAGCUCCGCCGACUGCGCAGAACCCUCUGCAGCCGCCCGCUGCGGCAGGCGCUGCCUCUGCGGCGGCCGGAGCCAUGGCCUCCCCGGCGUCCAACAUGGUGGGCAGCGCGGCGUCGAACGCCUCCCCGGCGGCCGCGCCGAGCGCCACCCCGGCCGCGGCGUCCGUGCUGGUGUACAGAGAGCCGGUGUACAACUGGCAGGCGACGAAGAGCACCGUGAAGGAGAGGUUCGCGUUCCUCUUCAACAACGAGGUGCUCAGCGACGUGCACUUCUUGGUCGGCAAAGGGAUGGGUGUCCAGAGGAUACCGGCGCACAGGUUUGUCCUGGCGGUGGGCAGCGCGGUGUUUGACGCGAUGUUCAACGGCGGCAUGGCGACCACCUCCACGGAGAUCGAGCUUCCCGACGUGGAGCCGGCAGCCUUUCUGGCCCUUCUGAAGUUCCUGUAUUCCGACGAGGUCCAGAUCGGGCCUGAGACCGUGAUGACCACCCUGUACACGGCCAAGAAGUACGCGGUCCCGGCCCUGGAGGCUCACUGCGUGGAGUUCCUGAAGAAGAACCUCCGGGCAGACAAUGCCUUCAUGCUGCUCACACAGGCACGUUUGUUCGAUGAGCCGCAGCUUGCCAGCCUGUGCUUGGAGAACAUUGACAAGAACACGGGGGACGCUCUUGCAGCUGAAGGGUUCACAGACAUAGAUCUGGAUACUUUGGUGGCGGUGCUGGAGAGGGACACCUUGGGGGUGAGAGAGGUGCGUUUGUUUGGAGCUGCCGUUCGCUGGGCAGAGGCUGAAGCCCGCAGGCAGCAGUUGCAGCCCACCCCCGAGAACAUGCGUAAAGUCCUGGGGAAAGCUCUCACGCUCAUCCGCUUCCCUCUCAUGACCAUCGAGGAGUUUGCAGCAGGUCCUGCCCAGUCUAAUAUUCUUACCGACAGGGAGGUGGUGAGUCUCUUCCUGCACUUUACAGUGAACCCUAAGCCUCGUGUAGAUUUCAUCGACCGCCCUCGCUGCUGUCUCCGCGGGAAGGAGUGCAGCAUCACCCGGUUUGGUCAGGUGGAGAGCCGCUGGGGCUACAGUGGGACGAGCGACCGCAUACGCUUCUCGGUUAACAGGAGGAUUUUUGUGGUUGGAUUUGGACUUUAUGGCUCCAUACACGGACCUACAGACUACCAAGUCAAUAUACAGAUACUCCACACGGACAGCAACACGGUGCUGGGGCAGAACGACACGGGCUUCAGCUGCGACGGGUCGGCCAACACCUUCAGAGUCAUGUUCAAAGAGCCGGUGGAGAUCCUCCCCAACGUCAACUACACUGCCUGCGCCACGCUGAAGGGUCCAGACUCGCAUUACGGGACCAAGGGAAUGCGAAAGGUGACGCACGAGUCGUCCUCCACCGGCACAAAGACCUGCUUCACCUUCUGCUACGCAGCGGGCAACAACAACGGCACUUCAGUAGAAGACGGACAGAUCCCAGAGGUCAUCUUCUACACAUAGUCACCUCAGACGUCCCCCGGCGAUCUUCCAUCAAAUGUGACAACCCGGCACCAGCGCAAGGCCACACCUCAGCAGUCAUACUGGGGACUAAUCUGUCAGACUUCAAACUGCUUCCCCCCCCCCCCCCCCCCCUCCCCCCACUCACGGUGUGAGACUGUUAGCUGCAUGGGAGGACAUCUAGCUGGAAGUCGAUGCGGGUUGUUACACGAGGCGGAGCCUGUCACUUGACGUGCCGUCAACUCCCUUAGUGCUGUAGUUUUCCGAGCUCGCUGAAACCGGCCCCAGAAAGGAGGCAGGGAGGAGUCUCUCAGAUUAUUCACAGUAUCGUCGUCACUGCUUCGGGUUGACAGCAUAAAGCUUGACACAGGUUUUGUUUUUUUUUCUCUCUUAAGAUGUAGGAUUCUCCUCCUGUCGCUCCACUGCUUUAGUGCAAAGGAGACUCAACUGUAUGAAUGUACAGUUUAUCAGAUUUGCCAAGACGAAAAUCCUUGUAGCGUUUUUUUUUUUUGUUCAGAGUUAAUUCUGCAUCGACUGUAACUUCGACACACGGAUGGACCUCAGAGGCUUCAUGAAAUCUUGUCAAAUUUGAACCAAACUUCAUAAUAAUGUUACGAGUAUGACUAAGGUGAGCAUUUUUUUCUGUUUUUUACUUAACAGUACAAUCUGUGAUAUCUCGUGUCUUUGCUUGGUAGUUGCCUAUACCCGGUAUACAUUGCACUUCUCGGCCUUGCCUUCCUUCAUUUCGUUGCUCUAUGGAUGCACACUAACUCUUCAGAUUUUUUUUUUUUAAGCUUUAUUUUAAAAGUUGUGGGUGGAAGAGAUGUUUUUUUUCUCUUGGUGCUGAUGUUGAUGGGUUGUAUAUUAAAGUGGCAUUUAUUAACAUUAUAUGUAACUUGAAAAAGUGGCGAUUAAAAUGUGAGAAAAUGGUG